AUGUCAGCAAGAGGCACAGCAGCUGAGGAUCAGGGUAAACGUAAGAGGAAGACAAGCCAUUCAGUAAGCAAGGUUUCUGAUGCAAUUGUUGCGGUUUCGGAGACCUCUCAGAUGCCUGAGGAGGAAGAAGCCAUGGUAGCAUCUGAAGGAGAGAUUUUAGAUUCUGAAGGCUCCUUUUUGACAAAGUUGGCCCCAGCGGCAUCAUGCAAUGUCACACCACAACGAGGACGUGGUAGACCCCGGCUUCAAACCCACCGGCCUAGGAAACGAGAUAAAAAGGAGCCCUGUACUUCUGCUCGGAAGGCCCGUCGCUCCCUUUCUCUUCAUGGAAGCAAAGAAAAAAAAGAGCAGAAACCAGAGAAAGUUACACCACAGAAGGACAGGGGCUAUUGUGCGAGACAGAAUGAUGGGACAAAAAAUGCUGUGUGUGUCCCUGUAGGUCCUAAGGAGGAUUCAGAAGUGAAGCCUGAGCAGAGACAGAGACAGACCAUGGUCCCUUAUCUCUCUCCAUCCUCGUCUGAUGAUGGUGACACAGGUCCAUGGCUGAUGCCCCUUACUGUGUCCCCUCCUUGUUUUCAGAGUAGUACACUCUCGUGCCUUCAUCCUGGAACCCCAAAUUCAGCUGGACACCUUGGGCUCAGCCCAUCCCUCCUCUCCUCCCCUGUGGAUCAUGUCCUGCAAGGCUUCUCUUCUUCCCAGGAGCUAUUUGAAGAUGUCUUACUCAGUUCUUCAUCAUCUGAUGUUCAAGACUCCCCUCGAUUGGUUUUCACUAUGGAUCACAGCUACCAGUCACACAAAGGAGGUGGUAUCAUGAGUCACAAGCCUCAGUCUCGAGGCAAGAUUACUAGAAAACGCAGAGUCAAGCUUCCACUUUUACAGAUGCACUCUCCUUCUUCAAAUGAUGAGUCUGACAUAUCUGUUCCAUCCAGACUGAAGUACAUAAGGAAGAGGAGAAGAUCUCAAAAAUACUCCCAUCUAAAUCUGAUCAGGAAGAAAUGUGUGAAUGGCUUUAUAAUGUUCUGCAGAAUAAACAGGAAGCUUUAUCUGAGUGCUCGUCCAGGCAUUGCUUCCACUGCGGCCACCAAGGGACUGGCAGAGCUGUGGAGAGAGAUGUCAGCCCAGGAGAGACGACCAUAUUGUGUUAAAGCUUUGCAGUUCAGUCUUUUGCAUGGACGUCUGGUUAAGGAACGGCCUUCUCAAUUCUCACAUGAAGAUCUUACUCCCCCAAAACCACUUUCUAUGCUUCUGGCAGAGAAGGCUUCUUCACAUGUUAUUCCAUAACCAUGUAAACCACCCUCAUCUAGAUACAUUUGUUGCAUUAAAGUUAAAAUUCAAAUACGA